AUGGGACGACCGGGGCAAACCAAUCUGCAGAGGCUGUGGGAAAGCUGGUCACAUCCAGAGGUACUGUCAACAGGGGAGGAGGCAUUUAAACUAGCUGCCCCGACCACUGAGAGCCAGGUGGUUGGGGAGGUGGACCAAACGGACAAACCAUCCCUGGUGGGGAUGUGUCCAGGAGUUGAAGUUGUUGUUGCAGGAGUGAAAUUGCCCUGCUUGCUUGAUACAGGCUCACAAGUUACGCUGUUCAGUGAAACUUUCUUCCAGAAAUGGCUGAGUGGAGAGCAGAAGCGAAGCCCACAAGAUCUGCUCUGGCUUUCUCUAAAAGCAGCUAAUGGACUACAGAUCCCAUAUACUGGCUACGCCAUCUUGGAUUUUUCUGUGGGAGGAGUCACAGUGCCAAGUAAAGGUGUUAUCAUUGUAAAGGAUGAGUGCCUGAGUGCUGAAAGGGGAAUCCUAGGGAUGAAUGUAAUUUCACACUGCUGGAAGGAGCUGUUUCAGGGAGUCCACCCUGGCCUGACUGUCUUUGGUGCAACUAUGUCGCGUGAAGCAAAGGGGGAAUGGCAGCGUGCUUUUGCUGUUUGUCAAAAAGUGUCACAGGAUGAAUCAUCUGAUGGACUGAUUGGAGUGGCCAGGUUAACCCGCCAAGAUCCAGUCUAUUUGCCUCCUAACAGUGAGAUGGUGCUGUGGACACACCUCUAUGGUGCGAAAACCAGGUCGGAUUUUUGUGCUUUGGUGGAAGGCCCAGAACGAGAUGAUGAGUGGCAGGUGGCCCGGACUGUUACCACUGUGGUGAAAGGACGCCUCUCUAUAAGGGUACGUAACUUAAAUCCUUACCCUGUAUUGAUACCUCAACGGCGCCCCCUUGCUAAUGUCUUCCAGGUUGACCCAAAGCAAAUUCGAGGGGAAAAGGACCUUGUCUUGAGGACUGUAGAUCCAGGUGUGGUGGAAGUGGCUGUGCAAACCAAUCACAUCAGCACAAAAGAACAGCAUCCAGUCGACUUACUGAAAGGUGAUGGCUUAACAGUAGACCAACAACAGCAGAUGGACUCACUGCUACAGCGAUGGAGAGACAUCUUUGCAGCGGGUGACGAGGACUUUGGCCAGACCAGUGCAGUCCUCCACUCAAUACCUACAGGUUCUGCACCACCCAGCAGGGAGCGCUACAGGCCAGUUCCACCAAGCCUUUAUCCUGAAUUGAGAGAACUUCUGCAAAACAUGCUGGACAAUGAUGUCAUAAAGGAAAGCUCCAGCCCUUGGGCAGCACCAAUUGUCCUUGUGAAGAAGAAGGAUGGAUCCUGGCGUUUCUGCGUGGACUACAGGAAGCUCAACGCCCUAACCCACAAAGAUGCCUACCCCUUGCCAAGGAUAGAAGAAUCCCUCACCAGUCUCAAGCAAGCUGCUUGGUAUUCUACCCUGGACCUGGCCAGUGGAUAUUGGCAAGUAGAUGUGGACCCGAGGGAUCGAGAGAAGACUGCAUUCACCACACCCCUGGGCUUGUAUGAGUUCCAAAGGAUGCCCUUUGGCCUUUGUAAUGCACCUGCAACGUUUCAACGUCUGAUGCAGCGGUGCCUGGGCGGGCAGGUCCAUGACUCUCUCCUGAUAUACUUGGAUGAUGUUGUUGUAUACUCCCCGGACUUUGACACUCACAUCCACCAUCUGGAGCAGGUUUUCGAGAAGUUGGCAUCCCAUGGCUUAAAGUUGCAACCCCACAAAUGCAGCCUGUUCCAGAAGAAAGUCACGUACCUUGGCCAUGUCAUCUCCGGUGAGGGGAUAUCCACAGAUCCUGAAAAGACGGCUGUCGUUGAGAACUGGCCCAUCCCCUCUACCAUUAAGCAGGAAAUGGAGCCUGACAAACAGGCCCAAGUGGGGACAGCCAUGGUGGAGUCAGAGGCCAGCACAAAAGCCAAAGACAAUUGGAAGGAUUGGCAGGAGGAAGACCCGACGGUGGCCCAAAUGAAGAAUUGGGUGGAUGGAAAUCACUUCCCAGGAGCCGAGGAGAGGAAAGCGUGUUUGCCUGCAACAAAACGCCUCCUAAAGGAAUGGAACCGACUACACAUCCAGGAGGGUGUGUUAAAGCGGAAGGCCCAAGAACAUCAUACAGGGUUGAGCCUCCACCAGAUCGUGGUUCCCAUGGACAAGACCCAGAAGUUGUGGGAGAAGUAUCACAACGCCUCAGGCCAUAUGGGGAUAGCAAAGAUUGAGGGCUUGCUAAGAAAAACCUUCUAUUGGCCCAGGAUGGUACGGAUGGGCUGUCCCUACAAAGGACCAGACAGCAGCCACUACGACACGUGCUCUUUGGCGACACCUAAUCCAGCCAUGGGGAUGUCCAGAACGAAUCCUUUCAGAUCAAGGAGCAGCCUUUGA